AUGGUAACCAAAGUAGCAAUAGUAACUGGAAGUAAUAAAGGUAUUGGAUUCGAGAUUGUCAAGGGUUUAUGCAGUAGAUUCGAUGGCACUGUGUACCUUACAGCUAGAAACGAAGAGCGAGGACGACAAGCCGUGAAAAAGUUGGAGAAGUUAGGUUUAAAACCUUUGUUUCACAUUCUAGACGUUACAAGUGAAAAUAGUAUUCAAGAGUUUGCAAAAUACAUAUCCGAUCACCAUUCGGGUAUCGAUAUUCUGGUGAAUAACGCUGGCGUUCUCGAUUUUGAUAAACCUGUAACAUCGUUUGAGGAUGCAAAAAAAUUAAUGAACACCAAUUUUUAUAGCUUGCUUACUAUAUCAAAAUUUCUUUAUCCUCUGCUAAAUAAUGAUGCUCGUGUAAUUAAUAUAAGCAGCGAUUGGGGUUUGCUCUCGAACAUCCGAAAGCAACAUUGGUUAGAUACAUUGAUAAAGGAAGAUCUGACCGUCGAUGAGAUUUUACAGUUUGUAAAUGAUUUUCUUCAAGCUGCAAAGAAUGGUAAAAACUCGUACAUCUCAUUUGCUGGUCAUUAUGGAGAUUAUAAAGUGUCUAAAGUGGCUAUGUCAGCCUUAACAUUUGUACAGCAAUAUGAAUUCAUUAAACAGGGUAAAAACAUUUCAAUCAACUGUGUGCAUCCUGGAUUUAUUAAAACUGAUAUGACUAAUGGUAUGGGUGAUUUUACACCGGAACGUGGGGCUCGUGCACCUCUUUACCUAGCACUAGAUGCCCCUCAAACUCUAAAAGGCACAUUUGUGUGGCACGACUGCCACCAAGUCAAUUGGGAUGAUUAA